AUGUGGUAUACUACCAUUGCAAAUUCCCGACCGGAUUUGAUACUAACUGGACACCAAGAUAAUGCUGAAUUUUCUCUGGCAAUGUGCCCAACUGAACCUUUUGUGCUCUCUGGAGGCAAGGACAAGUCAGUUGUUUUGUGGAGUAUCCAGGACCACAUCACAACUGCUGGGACAGCUUCUGGAUCUAUCAUCAAACAGACUGGUGAAGGUAGUGAUAAGAAUAAGAGUCCUUCUGUUUCCCCCCGAGGUGUAUAUCAUGGCCAUGACGAUACAGUUGAAGAUGUGGCAUUCAGCCCGACGAGUGAACAAGAAUUCUGCAGUGUUGGUGAUGAUUCUUGCCUUAUACUAUGGGAUGCAAGAACUGGCACAAACCCUGUCACCAAGGUUGCAAAGGCGCAUGAUGCUGAUCUUCAUUGUGUCGAUUGGAAUCCUCAUGAGGACAAUCUGAUCCUGACAGGGUCAGCAGACAACACUGUCCGGUUGUUUGAUCGUAGGAGCCUUACCUCAAAUGGAGUCGGUUCGCCUAUCUACAAAUUUGAGGGCCACAAAGCUGCUGUUCUUUGUGUUCAGUGGUCUCCUGAUAAGUCAUCUGUUUUUGGAAGUUCUGCAGAAGAUGGUCUUUUGAACAUCUGGGAUUAUGACAUGGUCAGUAAGAAGUCUGGUCGUGCAGCUAAAAGCCCUGCUGGACUCUUCUUCCAGCAUGCUGGUCACAGGGACAAAGUUGUUGAUUUCCACUGGAGUGCGUCGGACCCUUGGACUAUUGUCAGUGUUUCUGAUGACUGUGAGACGACUGGUGGAGGUGGAACAUUGCAGAUAUGGAGGAUGAGUGAAUUGAUUUUCAGACCAGAAGACGAAGUCCUGCAAGAAUUGGAGAAGUUCGUGUCGCAUUUUCCAAUGCUUCAUGCUUGGCCUGAACCCAAUGAGCCAGACCAGACCAACCCCACUACGAAAGUUUGAGUUGCAUUGAGCUUCCGGAAGUAAUAAGAUAGCCGUAGUCUCUCUUUGAAACAAACAUGUAAAGUACAGUACAAGCAUCGCAAAUUUGGAAACUGGGGU